GCUACUGGCCAAGCUUCUGCUAGAAAAAGAGAUCAAAAGCAGUUUGGGGCAAACAUUGGUACGUAAGGAUGAACUUACUAAACCUAAGGAAUUUUUCCUGUUUUUAUACAGAAAGGGUUCAAAAUGUCCAUUGAUUUAAAAUAAAAUUGAAUAGGGAGGAUUGCAAAUUUCGUUUUGCAGCCACCUAGAAUUCCGGAAUAUCUUUUGGUGCGUUCGAGAUUUUAGAGUGCGUCUAUCAGCCUCCGGCGUGUCUCUCCCGACAUCGCUCAUUCACUGAUGGCAUAAUACAAGAAAUUCCCCGCUACCGUCUACCCUAUUGUCAAUGCUGAAACACUAAGAAGUUCUCUGCUUUUUUCAAGGACCCAAGUUUAUUCACUUGGCAACGAAGUCAUCAACUCUCAAUCCCUUUCCUCCUUUGAGAAAACACUAAAAGGGUCAAAUUAUAAAAGUUAACUCUGAAAACCGAUCUUAAAUCUUUUGUACCCUUGACUUUACGCCAUCUUGUUUCAAUUGACGUAAACAGCUAUAGCCCGUAGUUCGAGGAGGCCAAACCUCUCAUAAGCUCCUACAGUUUCUGUUAGGUCUCCUCGCCACUUCUUUUUCCUUCUUUAAUUAUCUUAUACUAUUUGUAAUUUUAAUUAUUGUGCGGUAAAUAAACCAAUAAGCAUUUCUUGCAGAAUUGGGACCCUUUGAACUGGAUGGGCAACAAGGCGUGGAGAUGAGAGGCAAUAAAAUGGUUGUUAGUCAGACUGGGGUAUAUUAUGUGUACGGACAAGUCCAUUACAUCCAUCUUAACGCUAAAGGCCAACUCUACAACCGCUGCAUUCUCUACGUGAACAACAAGCCUUUUCGGUAUCUUCAGAAGGGUAUGGAUGGCCGGGCUGAUAUUGGCAAUGUUUAUUCAGGUGGGCUGAUUCAUCUACGAUCAGGCGAUACCAUCAGUCUCAAGACCCAGCAACCAUCAAGAAUCAACUUGGACCCCAGGGUGACUUUCUUUGGCGCUUUCAGGGUUGGGUAUAAUUGUGAAGAAUGC